GAGUAUUUUGUCCCCUGCCGGGCCCCCUCCUCCAGGUGCUGCGCGUUGCCAUGGCACUUUCCGCCCGGCUCCGGCCAGGGAGUGGGGAGGCGGCGCGGCCUUUGCUGGCCUGAGCCCGCGGGGCCGCAGCUUCUCGGGACCCGGUUCCUCCCGCGGUGGCCCACGCCCGGGGCAGCCCCGCUGCACGUUCCCCCAGCUGCCGCCUCCAGCUGGUUCCGUGGGCUCCGGCUGCGGUGGAAGGUGGCGGCGGGCGCUGCCCGGAGCUGCAGGCGGCGGCGGGGAAGAUGGCGGGGAACGGCGGGGGCUUCGCCGGCGCGGGAAGCGGGGAGAUCAUCCAGCUGAAUGUAGGGGGCACCAGGUUCAGCACCUCAAGACAAACACUAAUGUGGAUUCCAGACUCCUUUUUUUCCAGUUUACUGAGUGGAAGAAUUUCAACACUUAAAGAUGAAACUGGUGCUAUAUUUAUUGAUAGAGAUCCAGCGGCAUUUGCACCCAUUUUAAAUUUUCUUCGUACAAAGGAGCUAGACUUACGGGGAGUGAGUAUUAAUGUUCUCAGGCAUGAAGCUGAAUUUUAUGGAAUCACUCCUUUAGUAAGAAGACUACUCUUAUGUGAAGAGCUGGAACGCUCAUCAUGUGGCAGUGUCCUUUUUCAUGGCUAUCUGCCUCCACCAGGCAUUCCCUGUCGUAAAAUAAACACUACUGCUGGGCCAUGUAUUGACGUUAGAACAGGUCAGAACUACUCUGAAGGUGAAGUUCGAGGAGGUAGUGUCCAGCCUACACUUGCUGGUACUGGGGAAGGCACAGUCAGGCUAGGAUUUCCUGUGGAUCCACGAAAGGUUCUGAUAGUAGCUGGUCACCAUAACUGGAUUGUAGCUGCCUAUGCCCAUUUUGCUGUUUGCUAUAGAAUCAAAGAAUCUUCAGGAUGGCAACAGGUUUUCACAAGUCCAUAUCUGGAUUGGACUAUCGAACGAGUGGCUCUGAAUGCCAAGGUCGUUGGAGGUCCACACGGGGACAAAGAUAAGAUGGUUGCUGUUGCCUCUGAGAGUAGCAUCAUCCUGUGGAGCGUUCAGGAUGGUGGUAGCGGUAGUGAAAUUGGAGUGUUCAGUCUUGGAGUCCCUGUAGAUGCCCUCUUCUUCAUUGGCAACCAGCUGGUGGCUACUAGUCAUACUGGGAAGGUGGGAGUGUGGAAUGCUGUGACUCAGCACUGGCAGGUUCAGGAUGUUGUCCCUAUCACCAGCUAUGAUACUGCUGGAUCUUUCCUACUCCUGGGCUGUAACAAUGGCUCUAUAUAUUACAUCGAUAUGCAGAAGUUUCCCUUGCGAAUGAAGGAUAAUGAUCUUCUGGUGACAGAACUUUAUCAUGAUCCCUCCAAUGAUGCCAUUACAGCACUCAGUGUCUACCUCACACCCAAGACAAGUGUAAGUGGUAAUUGGAUUGAGAUUGCAUAUGGCACCAGCUCCGGAGCAGUAAGAGUGAUUGUACAGCACCCUGAAACAGUUGGGUCAGGCCCUCAACUUUUUCAGACCUUUACAGUUCAUCGAAGUCCUGUUACAAAGAUCAUGCUGUCUGAGAAACACCUUGUGUCAGUUUGUGCCGACAACAACCACGUUCGGACAUGGACAGUGACUCGAUUCAGAGGAAUGAUUUCCACACAGCCAGGGUCUACUCCCUUAGCUUCAUUCAAAAUCUUGUCCUUGGAGGAAACAGAGAGCCAUGGUAGUUACUCUUCUGGAAAUGACAUAGGACCAUUUGGAGAGCGUGAUGAUCAACAAGUAUUCAUCCAAAAAGUUGUUCCCGUCACUAAUAAACUCUUUGUCAGGUUGUCUUCUACUGGGAAAAGAAUAUGCGAGAUCCAGGCCGUCGACUGUACUACAAUUUCUUCGUUUACUGUACGAGAAUGUGAAGGAUCCAGUAGGAUGGGCUCAAGACCACGACGUUACCUCUUUACAGGUCAUUCAAAUGGCAGUAUUCAGAUGUGGGAUUUGACCACAGCGAUGGACAUGGUUAAUAAAAGUGAAGAGAAGGGGGGUCCGACAGAAGAAGAGCUGCUUAAGUUGCUUGAUCAGUGUGAUCUGAGCACCUCACGCUGCGCUACUCCUAACAUCAGUCCAGCAACUUCAGUAGUUCAGCAAAGCCGUCUGCGGGACUCAAGCUCUAGCCUCCAGUUACAGCACCAUGAAACCAUCCAUGAAGCUGCUACGUAUGGCUCAGUAAGGCCAUAUAGAGAGAGUCCUUUAUUAGCCAGGGCAAGACGGACUGAGAGCUUUCACAGUUACAAGGACUUUCAGACUUUUAAUAUGAACAAUAAUAUGGUGGACAAGGCUGUCCCUGAGACUGGCAAUCUGAGUCCAAUACAAGCUGAAAUGAAGAAGGCAGCAGGUGAGAGCAACCCAACAGACAAAAAGGCAACAGUACUUGAAGUAAGAGCUACUAGAAUAUCAUCAGAUGCUGGGGCAGAGGUUCCGAAAGUGCCUGAAAACUCUUCAGAAGCGAAGAAAAGAGGGCCAGAUGAUGAAAGUGAGAACAAAGUAGAGAAUAAAAAGAAAAGUGGAUUUGAUGGAGGCGUGUUCCUGGGAAGAAAGAAGGUACCUCCUCUGGUGUCUUCACCAAUUAUUGUGGAAGGAGGGCCUGAAUCCCCUGGUACAGCAUCCCCAUCACCCACAAAGACUACCACUUCUCCACGCCACAAGAAGAGUGACUCUGCCGGCCAAGAUUACAGCUUGUGAAAAUGCUAAACGUGAUGUACAUUUGUUUUCAAGGGUUCAGAUGAAAGUUUAACACUUAACUGGCUGUAACUUUUACACUACAGAUUUAUCCUUUAAAAAGGCUUCAUUUGAGUGUCUAACUGAAAGAGUUAAAACUGUAAUAAGUUUUCAUAGUGCAUCUCAGCAACUUGGGUUUACAGCACAACCAGCAAAUAUACUCUAAAUUGAUGUACUUUUUCAUAUUGUAUAAAGCCAAACAAUACUUGGUACAAAACACUGAUGUAAAAUCCUGUUUUAUGCAGUCCAGCAUGCACUACAGUAUUUGUCUUAGGAAGAGUUUUAUAGGUAACUUUCUAAGUCCCAUUACUGGACCUUCCCUUUGCACUCACCAAAAUAUUAAAUGUCUGUCACCUGCUUACUGGCCCUUAAAGUUACCAUGAAUAUUAUUUGCAGUUCCUUGGGUCACCUAUCGUGCCCUUUCACCUCCUUCAAGUUAAUAGAAAAUUAGCUGGGUGCUAAAAGCUAUCUCAUCACUUAGAAAAGCGUCUCUUGCUGAAGUCUGCCUUGUUUGUAGAGCAACGAUGUUGUUUUUCAAUAUUGAUAAAUUUGACAUUUAUGUGCUACCAUUCUUUUGUUUAUGAAACACAUUCAGAAAGUCUUUAUGCUUACAGAUGCUCUAAAACAUUAUUUUGCAUAUCUUGGUCCUAAUAUUAAAAUGCAAAGGAAUGUUAUUACCUGUACUUUUUUCCUCAUUUCUCUUUGCAGAGCUUUCAAAUACCUGAAAUUAUAAACUGUAACCUCUUGUGGAGGGGGAAAAAAGCACACAUUUUGCCACUCAUUACUGUAUAUUACACUAAUGUCUAAAUAGACUAACUAUCUCUUGUUAGAAAACUUACUAGGCUAUACAUACAUUCCUCUUCUAGCUUGCUGCUGUACAAUAAUGCCAUAGUGGUGGUAUGCUCCUCAACCAGAAAUGCUAGAUUCAAGUCCCCCCACAUCUUCCUUACCGCAUCAGUAGUACUAAACUUUAAUAAAAGUAGGGCAUGCGGAGUUAAGUGGAUACCUCCCAUGCAACCUUUAAUGUAUUUUUAUGAAGAUACGUUGCUAUAAUGUGCAGACUUUAGCUGGACAUCCUAAGUAAUUGAGUUUUGCUAGUGUGAGGGUGUUUUUUGUUCUAGUUGCAGUCCUUAAUACAUACGUCAGUUUCUUUGCAGACAGUUUCCACAAAUUUGGAUGGGAGCUUUGAACCAGGUAAGGCUUGUGAAAGGUGCUUGCUAUUUUGGUUGGUUAUGCACUAGGACAGUCUGCCAAGCAUUUAGGAGCAGUGACUUACAAAGUUUUGGCUAUUUUUAAAUGCAUCAAGACCUGCAGAUUUACAGAAAUGGAAAAACAAAUGAGUUGGAAUGUCCUUUCCUCCUUCCUCAAAUUUUAGUUCUUUACUAAAGAAUCAUUUUUAGCCUCUUUAAAGAAUGCAGGGUUGUAGCCAUCUUGGUCCCAGGAUAUUAGACACACAAGGUAGAUUAGGUGAUAUCUUUUAUUAGACCAACUUCUGUUGUUGAAAGAGAAACUUUCAAGCUACGCAGCGCUCUCCGUAGUAGUGUUAUAGCAUGUGGUUUUGGUUAUUACUCUUGAUGUCAUUUUCCAUAAAAUAUAGGGGGAAAAUUGGAUCCUCAGACUGAGGUCAGUGUAAUUCUGUGCUGAAAAAUUCCAAGUGGAAAGCAUUGUGUAUAAGUUAAUGACAUCAUAUCAAAUGGGCUCAUUUUACAAUUAUUUUUUAAAGUCAGCCUUGCAAGUUCACCCAGUGAGCUGAAAAUUUCAAGCAGUUUUUAUUUUUUCUGGCUCAGACUUUCAGUGGGGUUGUAGAAAUAGGUCUGCAGUAUUUGGUGUGGUGAUGUGAGAACCAGCUUUAUUUUCAGCUCUCACAGUGAAGGAGGAAACCCAGGCUGGUAGUUUUAGAUACUUUUCAGAUUACAACCCUACUUUGAGACUCCAGCUGCUAGGAGCAGCCAAAGCAAGAACUGCUGCUGGGGGUAAAAUAGAGGCCAGCUGGGGCCAGUGCUCCCAGGCAUGUAGCCUUGGGGAAAAACUGGAGGAAGGAGCCAUACCCAGACACACUGUCAUAAGAGCCGCUAAAGCAGGGACUGUCAGAACUUCCUCUCCCCCCCCCUGUGCUUAUUGGCUCUUUGCUCCAACCCUCUUCUUCCCCCUCCCUAUCAAUGACUUUCACCUCAGAGUUACGCCUGCUCUGUCCCCUUCUUUCCAGUUAGCUUAUCCCCUCUCCAAAAUAAUAAAAUAAAUCAAGGCUGUUUGCAGCCAUUACAUUGUUCACUCAGUUGUAUUGCUUCCCCCUUCCGGUGUCUAUUUAGAUUGUAAACUCUUCAGGGAAGGGAUUAUCUACUCUUUUUGCACAGUGGGGCCUGAUUCUUGGGUGGUUCUUAGGCUUUACUGUAGUAAACAUUAUAUUCUUGCAUAUUAAUAGAGGGAAAUUAAAUCUACUUCAUUCCAUGGCAUGAAUGCACUAUUAUAUUUGUAGAGUUCUACUUAAAUAUUGAAUGCUAUGAUAUUCCUUUACUUAUACAAUCCUUUCAGUCCCUUAUGGAAGCUAACUUUAGCCCCACCUUAGAACUGCUCCUCCUAGUACUGUUGGUCUGUGUACAUGACUUCUGUUGCUAUUAGAGUUCAUGGUACAAGUCUGUGACUGUCAUGCUCAGUUGCGCAAUGAUUUUGUUCAGGUCUUAAAGUGCAAACUAAAGAUGCUGCUCUUCAGACAGGGUCUUUCUUAGGAAGGGAAACAUCAGCAAGAAUAAACAAGCGGUGCAGCUGCAUAAGGGUUUCUUUAACCACAGGCAGUGGAAAGUGCUGUUACUCCAAGUCUCCAUUUGUAUUUUGUAUACUUCAGAAUAAUGCCAGCUGUACCCUGGGGACAGUUCCACAUAAUGAAUAACCAAAUUUUUAAAAUGGGGAAAAAGUCUUCGGAUAAAACCAUUGCCAUGACAUUUACAUAAUACUAAAAACAAGCCAAGCUUUAAUGGUGCUUUCAUGUGAAAUAAGAUGACUGGUCAAAUUCAUGCCUGCUUUUUUUUUGUGAAUCAAUCCCUAUAAAGUAGCUGAUUUUAAGAAAUUUUGAAUUGAGCAGUAGGGUAGGAAUAUAACGUUAUGAAUGCCAGCAUUGAUCAUCUCCCUUGGCCAGCUUUAAGUUACAAGGCAGACAAUCCUGUACCACCGUCUGUUUUGAACUUUCUGUUGCUAAAUAACCCAGUUUUUAAAUUCUGUGGAUUGUUUAAAAGGUGAACUGGAGAAAAGGCGCACGGUGUCACUACUUUUUUAUUGUAACACUAAUAUCAAGCUUGUACAUUCAGCCUAAUUUUUAAACACGCCCUUUUUUUGUUCUUUAUAUUAUGGGGUAACAAAAAUACUUGUAUCAAAUUUAGAUGUAACCUUUUAUUAAUCUGUAUUUUCAGAUUAUUUUCAAGACUAGGAUUCUAUUGUGCCUGUAAAUUAAACAAAUUACUUCAGUUUGAACUAUGCAAUGCUUUUUUCCCUACCACAGAAAUAAUUAAGCUACUCUAAUCUGUACUGUAUAAGAAAUUGAUAGUAGUGUAUGAUUGACUAUAUUACACCAUAAGAGCCAAUACUUGAAUUCUGCCUCCCUAUUCCUUUUGAGUAUUUCCUUACUGUUUAAUUUAAAUGAGACUUUGUAGAGUAAGGUAUGGGGGGAGGGAAGAACAGAAACCUAUCUAGCCCUAAAUGGAUGUUAAAACAAACACUGGCAAUAAUUGUUCACAUUACAGUAAACAGAUUUCCUCUGGGGACCCUAAUGUUCCAGCUCAGCUCAUAGGUAUUCUGUCGUACUCCCAGCAGUUUAGACAGAAAAUAGAAACAAUGAGAUCUGUCUGUUUAAAAUGAAGCCGCAGUAGCUCUUUUGUUCUUUCAGGUGAAGCUUACUUUAUGGGCGGUUUUUUUUAC